CAUGCAGUAUUUAGGCAGUUUGGAAGUCUGUACCAGCUUUAACUUUCCACUGGGCCCUCUUUCGUCUCCUUUGUGCGUGUCAUUACCUCCUAGUCAGAUUGCAUAGCAAGGUGGGCAGACUGGGUGGCCUGGUGAACUUAGGUAGCCUCAGUCUGCCUGUCUCAUCUUCAUUUACCCGCUGCUAUGUUUCUUGCUAUACCACCAAUGUGCUGCUUAGCCCUACCAAGGCCGUAGCCUUAGACUUGUUAAUUUCUUUCAGUUUGCUUUUUUUGUUGACAAUAUCACUAAUGAGUUUUUUGGCCUCCACUCCAAAUCAAAUCAGCCCCCUCUCGUGUCAGCCCCUUCCAGAAGUGAAGCUGCUAGUUUUCAUGACCAGCCCUACCCUGGUAGAAGUACUCUCCUGACUGAACUAUAAAGGAGUGGGAGCAGCCCCAGGCAAGAACAUCUCUGACUCCCACUGUUUUUAGGCAGAGUGAUAUCUCACUGUGUUUAUAGGUUCAUCACAAAUAAAUGUUUCUCAAUUUGUUGUUUAUGACUGCUCAAUUUCCAGAGCCAUGAAAUCAUUGUUUUUGAUAAUUCUGUUCAGCUUCAUAGUUGUUUCUUAGGGAGAUUUCCUGACUUACUUCGACAUCACCAAAAGUCCUGCCUCACAUGGCAACUGUUAAAAUGGCAAGUUCACGUGCUGAAGUUCUACUUAACAAGGAACCAUUCUAUAGAUUCUUUGUACCAUUUUGGUACAAAUUUUGGAUCUCUGGUAAUCAGAACAAUCUGUUCACCAUGCUACCCAGUCAGCCCUCCUUGCUAUACAAUCUGUCAUCUUAGUCCUGUUUCAUGUGAGGAAUUUUACAUUUCUGCAAUAAUUGCCAGUAACUUUUUUGUGUAUUAUUUUCUUUUGAAUACCACAUGGAUGGCAUCUGACACUGUUUGUAAUGCUGAAUUUAAUGGAAGUUUACAAAUAAGUUAUUCUAUGAUUCUCCUUUAAAAAUGCAGAUAUACAUAUAUGUAUAUAACAUUAUUCUCUUCCAUAACACAGAAUGUUUAAAUGGUUAACAUUUGUGCUGCAGUAUAGCUUUCUGGCUCAUGAAAAAUGAAAGCUAUCAGCGAUCUGGGCAAUAAGAUUCAUCGCCAAUAGUCACUAGCAACAGCACACAGCAUUUUAAUAUCAGUGAGGUCCACAGCUAGCAGUAAGAGCUGGUGUAAUUGAAAGACGUUUAGGUGCAAUCAUUCUGCUGUGUGCUCCUUGCCAGGUUCAACAUGGGAUUGUGUGAGUAUUUGAAGAAAACAGCAAUUUUUUCAUAUCUUUGAAAGAUGUAUAAAGCGUAGAUUAGUGCUUAAAUUUAAGAAAUGUGGUAAUUUGUAAUCAUGUGGCUCUAAAAUAAAAAGGUAUUUUAUUUGUCUGGUUGAUUAAAGCUUUAGAAAAGCUAUGCCUUGGAUACAAGUGAACCGAUAAUUCUGGUCUAAUGUUGCCGUGGUAACAACUCAUGCUGAUAUAAUUGAGAACAUCUUAUACAUCCUGGUUCGAACAUUUUCUCUCUGCCAUUUUGAGUUGUUCUAGUGGUAUAUGAAGGAGGCUGGGAUAACUAGCUUGAAAGAAAUUCAGUCUAGUUAUAGACAUCUUUGGCAUGAAUCUGAUGUUUACUAGUGAUAGCUCAUGCUAGGCAGUUAUGCUUUGCUUCUAGGGGCUUCUCUUUUUAAAACAAAAGAAAGCUCUUUUCGUUUUCUGUGUGCUGCAUGCUCCAGUGUGUGUGUUUACACCAUCGGUUCUUCUCCCUCUAGAGAUUAGCAUAACUCCCUUUGCUGUUGGAUUGUUGUUUUGAGCAAUAUGUUUUGGAAAGGUUGGUUUUCAUCAUGAGUGCACGCAAAUCAUCAGAUGCAUCUGCUUGCUCCUCUUCAGAAAUAUCUGUGAAAGAGUUUCUAGCCAAAGCCAAAGAAGACUUUUUGAAAAAAUGGGAGAAUCCAACUCAGAAUAAUGCCGGACUUGAAGAUUUUGAAAGGAAAAAAACCCUUGGAACAGGUUCAUUUGGAAGAGUCAUGUUGGUAAAACACAAAGCCACUGAACAGUAUUAUGCCAUGAAGAUCUUAGAUAAGCAGAAGGUUGUUAAACUGAAGCAAAUAGAGCAUACUUUGAAUGAGAAAAGAAUAUUACAGGCAGUGAAUUUUCCUUUCCUUGUUCGACUGGAGUAUGCUUUUAAGGAUAAUUCUAAUUUAUACAUGGUUAUGGAAUAUGUCCCUGGGGGUGAAAUGUUUUCACAUCUAAGACGAAUUGGAAGGUUCAGUGAGCCCCAUGCAAGGUUCUAUGCAGCUCAGAUAGUGCUAACAUUCGAGUACCUCCAUUCACUAGACCUCAUCUACAGAGAUCUAAAACCUGAAAAUCUCUUAAUUGACCAUCAAGGCUAUAUCCAGGUCACAGACUUUGGGUUUGCCAAAAGAGUUAAAGGCAGAACUUGGACAUUAUGUGGAACUCCAGAGUAUUUGGCUCCAGAAAUAAUUCUCAGCAAGGGCUACAAUAAGGCAGUGGAUUGGUGGGCAUUAGGAGUGCUAAUCUAUGAAAUGGCAGCUGGCUAUCCCCCAUUCUUUGCAGACCAACCAAUUCAGAUUUAUGAAAAGAUUGUUUCUGGAAAGGUCCGAUUCCCAUCCCACUUCAGUUCAGAUCUCAAGGACCUUCUACGGAACCUGCUGCAGGUGGAUUUGACCAAGAGAUUUGGAAAUCUAAAGAAUGGUGUCAGUGAUAUAAAAACUCACAAGUGGUUUGCCACGACAGAUUGGAUUGCUAUUUACCAGAGGAAGGUUGAAGCUCCAUUCAUACCAAAGUUUAGAGGCUCUGGAGAUACCAGCAACUUUGAUGACUAUGAAGAAGAAGAUAUCCGUGUCUCUAUAACAGAAAAAUGUGCAAAAGAAUUUGGUGAAUUUUAAAGAGGAACAAGAUGACAUCCGAGCUCACACUCAGUGUUUGCACUCUGUUGAGAGAUAAGGUAGAGCUGAGACCGUCCUUGUUGAAGCAGUUACCUAGUUCCUUCAUUCCAACGACUGAGUGAGGUCUUUAUUGCCAUCAUCCCGUGUGUGCACUCUGCAUCCACCUAUGUAACAAGGCACCGCUAAGCAAGCAUUGUCUGUGCCAUAACACAGUACUAGACCACUUUCUUACUUCUCUUUGGGUUGUCUUUCUCCUCUCCUACAUCCAUUUCUUCCUUUUCCAAUUUCAUUGGUUUUCUCUAAACAGUGCUCCAUUUUAUUUUGUUGGUGUUUCAGAUGGGCAGUGUUAUGGCUACCUGAUAUUUGAAGGGAAGGAUAAGUGUUGCUUUUAGUAGUUGUUGCCAAUAUUGUUGUUGGUCAAUGGCUUGAAGAUAAACUUUCUAAUAAUUAUUUUUACUUUGAGUAGCUCAGACUUGGUUUUGACAAAACUCUUGGUAAUUUUUGAAGAUAGACUGUCUUAUCACCAAGGAAAUUUAUACAAAUUAAGACUAACUGUCUUGGAAUUCACUGUUUUGGCAAUAAAUUUUGGUAGACUAAUACAGUACAGCUAGACCCAGAAAUUUGGAUGGCUGUAGAUCAGAGGUUCUAGUUCCCUUUCCCUCCUUUCAUAUCCUCCUCUCCUUGAGUAAUGAAGUGACCAGCCUGUGUAGUGUGACAAACGUGUCUCAUUCAGCAGGAAAAACUAAUGAUAUGGAUCAUCACCCAGAUUCUCUCACUUGGUACCAGCAUUUUUGUAGGUAUUAGAGAAGAGUUCUAAGUUUUCUAAACCUUAACUGUUCCUUAAGGAUUUUAGCCAGUAUUUUAAUAGAACAUGAUUAAUGAAAGUGACAAAUUUUAAAGUUUCUCUAAUAGUCCUCAUCAUAAACUUUUUAAAGGAAAAUAAGCAAACUAAAAAGAACAUUGGUUUGGAUAAAUACUUAUACUUUGCAAAGUCAAAGAAUGGCUUGAUUAUUGGAAACAAUAUAGAGGUAUUCAUAUUUAAAUGAGGGUUUAUGUUUGUUUUGUUUUGUAACCGUUAAAAAGAAGUUGUUUCCAGCUAAUUAUUCUGGUGUACUAUAUUUGUGAACCUAGGGUAGGGGCACUGCUGCAACUUCUGCUUUCAUCCCAUGCCUCAUCAAUGAGGAAAGGGAACAAAGUGUAUAAAACUGCCACAAUUGUAUUUUAAUUUUGAGGUAUGAUAUUUUCAGAUAUUUCAUAAUUUCUAACCUCUUUUCUCUCAGUAAACAGAAUGUCUGAUCGAUCAUGCAGAUACAGUUUGUAUUUGAGAGGUUAGUUUUUUUCCUACACUUUUUUUUGCCAACUGACUUAACAACAUUGCUGUCAGGUGGAAAUUUCAAGCACUUUUGCACAUUUAGUUCAGUGUUUGUUGAGAAUCCAUGGCUUAACCCCGUUGUUUUGCUAUUUUUUUCUUUGCUUUUAAUUUUCCCCAUCUGAUUUUAUCUCUGCAUUUCAGUGACCUACCUUAAAACAACACAUGAGAAGAGUUAAACUGGGUUCAUUUUAAUGAUCAAUUUACCUGCAUAUAAAAUUUAUUUUUAAUCAAGCUUAUCUUAAUGUAUAUAAUCAUUCUAUUUGCUUUAUUAUCGGUGCAGGUAGGUCAUUCACACCACUUCUUUUCAUCUGUACCACACCCUGGUAAAACCUUUGAAGACAUAAAAAAAUCCUGUCUGAGAUGUUCUUUCUACCGAUCUAUAUGUCUUUCGGUUAUCAAGUGUUUCUGCAUGGUAAUGUCACGUAAAUGCUGAUAUUGAUUUCACUGGUCCAUCUAUAUUUAAAACGUGCAAGAAAAAAAUAUAAUACUCUGCUCUAGCAAGUUUUAUGUAACAAAGGCAUAUCAUCAUGUUAAUAAAUUUAAAACAUCAUUUGUAUAAAAUAUUUUAAUUUUCUUGUAUUUCAUUUAGACCCCAGAACAUGCUGACCAAUGUAUUCUAUAUGUAAACUACAAAUUCUAUGGUAGCUUUGUUGUAUAUUAUUGUAAAAUUAUUUUAAUAAGUCAUGGGGAUGACAAUUUGAUUAUUACAAUUUAGUUUUCAGUAAUCAAAAAGAUUUCUAUGAAUUCUAAAAAAUAUUUUUUUCUAUGAAAUUACUAGUGCCCAGCUGUAGAAUCUACCUUAGGUAGAUGACCCCUAGAUAUACAUUGGUUUUGAGGGCUAUUCAGCCAUUCCAUUUUACUCUCUAUUUAAAGGCCGUGAGCAAGCUUGUCAUGAGCAAAUAUGUCAAGGGAGUCAAUUUCUGACCAAUCAAGUAAACUAAAUUAGAAUAUUUUUAAAGCAUGUAAAAUUCCCAGUUUCAGCCACAAUUUAGCCAAGAACAAGAUAAAAACUUGAAUAAGAAGUAGGUAGCAUACAUCAGUAUUUAACCUAAAAUUACAUAUUUGAAACAGAAGAUAUUAUGUUAUGCUCAGUAAAUAAUUAAGAGAUGGCAUUGUAUAAGAAGGAGCCCUAGACUGAAAGUCAAGACAUCUGAAUUUCAGGCUGGAAAACUAUCAGUAUGAUCUCAGCCUCAGUUCUCUUGUCUGUAAAAUGGAAGAACUGGAUUAGGCAGUUUGUAAGAUUCCUCCUUUUACAGUUGAUAACAAGAUUGUCUUUCUAUCUGAUAUUUUCAAGCGUAUAUUGCUUUGAAGUAAGUCUCAAUAAGGCGAUAUAUUUUAGGGCAUCUUUCUUCUUAUCUCUGACAGUGUUCUUAAAAUUAUUGGAAUAUCAUAAGAACCUUGGUGUCUGUCCUAAUUGCUUUCUCACUCACCGAUGCUGAAUACCCAGUUGAAUCAAACUGUCAACCUACCAAAAAAGAUAUUGUGGCUUAUGGGUAUUGCUGUCUCAUUCUUGGUAUAUUCUUGUGUUAACUGCCCAUUGGCCUGAAAAUACUCAUUGUAAGCCUGAAAAAAAAAAUUCUUUCCUACUGUUUUUUCUGCUUGUUGUAAGAAUCAAAUGAAAUAAUGUAUGUGAAAGCACCUUGUAAACUGUAACCUAUCAAUGUAAAAUGUUAAGGUGUGUUGUUAUUUCAUUAAUUACUUCUUCGUUUAGAGUGGAAUUUCCUAUGCACUACUGUAGCUAGGAAAUGCUGAAAACAACUGUGUUUUUUAAUUAAUCAAUAACUGCAAAAUUAAAGUACCUUCAAUGGAUAAGACAA